AUCUACUCAUAAUAAUGUAAAUAUUCUUAAUUGAGAUGAGACUUGAAUCUCCAACAUCUUAUUUGAGAGAUCAACAAUGAUUCUAUGGAAUAGUAGAAUAAAUGGAGAAAUUUUGUAUUUACCAAAUAAGAAAAUAUAAAAAACACUUCAAAGAAGACAGCUCCAAUUUAAUUCUAACGCAUUUUUGAAAAAAAAUUUAAACGAGCCACUCGAAUUUAUCAAUUGGCACGCAGCGUAAAUCGACGUAGCUCGUACCACUAGGGUUAGGAUCUUGUUUCGCAGACAGCGUUCGGUCCGGUGAUAGAACAAGAACGAUGAGUAGGAGCCUAGGAAUCCCGGUGAAGCUUCUCCAUGAGUCGACGGGUCACAUAGUGACGGUGGAGAUGAAGAGCGGCGAGCUCUACAGAGGAAGCAUGGUGGAGUGCGAGGACAACUGGAAUUGCCAACUGGAGAACAUCACGUACACAGCCAAAGAUGGAAGAGUUUCACAACUUGAGCAUGUUUUUAUUCGCGGAAGCAAAGUCAGGUUCAUGAUAAUUCCUGACAUGCUUAAAAAUGCUCCUAUGUUCAAGCGGCUAGAUGCUAAAAUCAAGGGAAAAGGCACAUCACUUGGAGUUGGACGGGGACGUGCUAUUGCUAUGAGAGCCAAAGCACAGGCAGCAGGUCGUGGAGCUCCACUUGGCAGGGGAGGUAUUGUGCCACCUGGAAGGCGGUGAUCAGAUCUAUGUCGGAGAAUAACAUUUCUAGUCAUUUCCCUGAAGAGAUUUCGUUUUGCUCUGCUUUUGGUAAUCACAUAUUUUUUCUGUACCCUCUGAGGAGUUAUUGAGCUUUUCUUCAGUUUAAGAAAAUUAAAAAUUGGACAUACCAUGCUACUGCUAACUAAGCUUCUAGUUCUUGUAAUGAUAGACGAGUAACCGAUGUGAUUUUAUUUUGGAUUUCUUUAGAUAUGUACAUUUCAAAUUCUGUUUGUCUUAAUGUUAUGAUUUUAUUAAAGAUAUGAUUUAAUCGUACGCUA